GGGAGGGGGUGCAAGUGGGAAGCCUGUGGCUCCGCAGCCAGGGCUCUCCGCCUCCCCCCACCUGUACGAGGCCGGGCCCUCUGGGUCAGCGCUCAGCAUCCCACCCUUGCUGAUUGGGUUCGGUCUUCUCCGCCGGUCCCCGUGCUAACAUUCAGGCCCGGGGUCCAGAGGCCUAGAGCGCACGCAGAACACGCUGGGGUAUCCGGGCCGAGAGCUGCAGGCCGAAUCCCUAGGGUCCCCCGACUCCUAGACGCCUUUCUAGGCCCAGGGAAGCCUGGAGACUGGGAGGCCCGGAGAAGGGGACGCCGGGUCUGAGGACGCGCGACGCGUGAUCAGGCUGAGCAAUGGCGUUUCAAAAGGCAGUGAAAGGGACUAUUCUUGUGGGUGGAGGAGCUCUGGCCACUAUUUUAGGACUCUCUCAGUUUGCUCACUACAGACGGAAGCAAGUGAGCCUGGCCUACGUGCAAGCAGCGGAGUGCUUCACAGAGCCUGUGAACACAGAGCCCCCUUCCAGAGAAGCUCAGCUCAUGACUUUGCGGAACACAUCGGAAUUUGAUAUUCUCGUUAUUGGAGGAGGAGCCACAGGAUGUGGCUGUGCACUAGACGCCGUCACCAGAGGACUGAAAACAGCCCUUGUAGAGAGAGAUGACUUCUCAUCGGGGACUAGCAGCAGAAGCACUAAAUUGAUCCAUGGUGGUGUGCGAUACCUCCAGAAGGCUAUCAUGAACUUGGAUGUUGAGCAGUAUAGGAUGGUGAAAGAAGCCCUUCAUGAACGUGCCAACUUACUUGAAAUCGCUCCUCAUUUAUCAGCCCCAUUGCCUAUAAUGCUUCCACUUUACAAGUGGUGGCAGUUACCUUAUUACUGGGUGGGAAUCAAGAUGUAUGAUCUGGUUGCAGGAAGUCAUUGCCUGAAGAGCAGUUACGUUCUCAGCAAAUCCAGAGCCCUCGAGCAUUUCCCCAUGCUCCAGAAGGACAAGCUGGUAGGAGCCAUUGUCUACUAUGAUGGACAACACAACGAUGCACGGAUGAACCUCGCCAUCGCCCUCACUGCUGCCAGGUACGGGGCUGCCACGGCCAAUUACAUGGAGGUGGUGAGCUUGCUCAAGAAGACAGACCCGGAAACUGGGAAAGAGCGAGUGAGUGGUGCCCGGUGCAAGGAUGUGCUCACAGGGGAGGAGUUUGACGUGAGAGCCAAGUGCGUUAUCAAUGCCACAGGCCCUUUCACAGACUCCGUGCGCAAAAUGGAUGAUAACAAUAUUGUACCCAUCUGCCAGCCCAGUGCGGGGGUCCACAUUGUGAUGCCUGGGUACUACAGCCCUGAGAAUAUGGGACUUCUUGAUCCUGCAACCAGUGACGGUAGAGUUAUUUUCUUCUUGCCUUGGGAGAAGAUGACAAUUGCCGGCACUACUGAUACGCCAACAGACAUCACACAACAUCCUAUUCCUUCUGAAGAAGACAUUAACUUCAUCUUGACUGAAGUGCGGAACUACCUAAGUUCUGAUGUUGAAGUGAGAAGAGGGGAUGUCCUGGCAGCAUGGAGCGGUAUUCGUCCCCUUGUUACCGAUCCCAAGUCUGCAGACACCCAGUCCAUCUCUCGAAAUCACGUUGUGGAUGUCAGUGACAGCGGUCUCAUCACAAUAGCAGGUGGAAAGUGGACCACAUAUCGCUCCAUGGCAGAAGAUACUGUGAAUGCAGCUAUCAAGGUUCACAACUUGAAUGCAGGACCCAGUAGGACAGUUGGGCUGUUCCUUCAAGGAGGCAAAGACUGGAGCCCCACGCUCUACAUCAGGCUUGUCCAGGACUAUGGGCUUGAGAGUGAGGUUGCACAACAUCUGGCCAAAACCUAUGGUGACAAGGCUUUUGAGGUAGCCAAAAUGGCAAGUGUGACUGGAAAACGGUGGCCUGUCGUUGGGGUGCGGCUUGUGUCAGAAUUUCCAUACAUCGAAGCAGAGGUGAAAUACGGGAUUAAGGAAUAUGCCUGCACUGCAGUUGACAUGAUUUCACGUCGCACCCGCCUGGCCUUUCUCAAUGUUCAGGCUGCAGAGGAAGCCCUGCCCAGAAUUGUUGAAUUAAUGGGCAGAGAAUUGAACUGGAGUGAAUUGAGGAAGCAGGAAGAACUUGACGCAGCCACGAGGUUUUUGUACUAUGAAAUGGGCUACAAGUCUCGAACAGAACAGCUCACAGAUAGCACUGAAAUCAGCCUGCUGCCCUCAGACAUCGACAGGUACAAGAAGAGAUUUCAUAAGUUCGAUGAAGACGAAAAAGGCUUCAUUACCAUUGUCGAUGUUCAGCGUGUACUAGAGAGUAUCAAUGUAGAAAUCGACGAAAACACACUACAUGAAAUCCUCUGCGAAGUAGAUCUGAACAAAAAUGGACAGGUUGAGCUCCACGAGUUUCUGCAGCUGAUGAGCGCAAUUCAGAAAGGAAGAGUGUCUGGAAGCCGGCUUGCCAUCCUGAUGAAAACUGCCGAGGAGAACUUGAACCGCAGAGUUCCAAUCCCUGUGGAUCGUAGUUGUGGAGGAUUGUGAGUCUGACCAGCACAACCAGCAAGCAUAGGACAGCCAGCACUAUGUACAACCAGAGAUGACUUAAACCACUCUAAAAUAGUGGCUAUCGUAGCUGCCUUUUUUUAAACAAACAAACAAACAAACAAACAAGGAAAAAACAAACAAAAUCAAAGAAAAGGAAUAAGCAAACAAACAAGCAAACAAAAAACACUGGAAAACAUUCCAAAACCUUUAAGAUGUUGGUGUGUUUGCCAACCUCUCUUGCCAAUACUUUAUUUGUAUUUGCCAUUCAGUUUAGCCUCUACAAAGUGUUUUUCUUAUUUUUUUUAGUGCACAUUGAUUUAAUGUUUUGUAUCUGUUUUGUAACCUGUCAGACUUGACACUCUGCCCGUCCAUUUGUUCAUUUAAGCUAGUUCUAGAAGCAGACUCCCUGUAGAUGGGGAAGAUGCUAGAAAGAUUUUGUGAGCACCCAAGAGCUCAGGAGCUGGAACCUGCAGAUAGCAUUUUUUUUUUUUUUCUCCUUUUAGAAAAUCAUUUGACCUUUCGACAUGAUAAUGUUUUGGGAGACUUCUCAGCCCUGUCUUGCUAUGCACCACCCCCUUCCAAUUAAUACUGAACACUUUUCUGUCUGGACUAACUCUGGCUAAUCUGGAGAGGGAAGACAAAGUUUAGAUCUGGUUGAGAUUUGGUUACAUUUCUAAAAGAGAAACUCCAAAAGCUUCCAGAAUUGCAGGCGUAAGAUAAAGACGGAGCUGACAUUUGCCGGGAGGUACAGUGAUAGCUGCUUCUCAGCACUUCAUUUUCCCCCAGGCACUGCUGGCUUUCUUUGACAAUUAUAGUUGCCAGAAAAAUCCUUGCUUUUUUUACUUUAAAACCAGCAUUUGAGUGGCAAGUUGGAUAUAAUGGGAUGAGACCAAAUCUUUCCAUUCCUCAUGGGAGUAAUGAUAGAACACAAUUUUCAAUCCCACAAGUCCCGAAUCUUGCAGCGUUUGGUAUCGUCAGGGCCUGUUCUUGUCGGGGUGGGCAGUAGUGUCAGUAUUUGCAAAGAGAUAAUAAAAAAGAAUUGGGCAGACUUCCGUUAACUUUAAUUAUGAGAUUAAAAUAAGGCAUGCCACUUUAAUAUUGGAGGCCGGUCUGUUUGCCAAAGGGCCUUUCUCUUUGUGUGCUCAAUGGGAAAACUCUUUUUCUAACAAAAAAUAAAAUAAAAUGAAAAUCAGAGAAAGAUGUCAGACAUAUGCAUAUAUAUGUGUGUGUGUGUGUGUGUGUGUAUACAUAUAUGUAUAUAUACACACACACACAUACACAACAAAUCAAACCUAAAAGUCAGUGCCCACUGAACUCAGCAAAUAGUGCACAAAUAGAGAUGCCAGUUGGAAGAUGUUUUUGUUAAAUUCUGUUGGCAUUAUAACUAGUAAUCUUAAUACUUAUUAAUUGGCUUCCCUUUUCUGAAACUACCAACAAUUAGCUUCCUGUGCAUAGUAGGAAGAGUAGCUCUUCGUUCACACUUUUCUCCUGGCAGGCUUUGUUGCGCAGACUGUGUCCUAGCUUUGUGAAUUGGUACAUAAACCACCUUGUGCCACUAUUCUGCUAAUGCAAACACUGUGUCUUUCUGCCUCAUUCAUUAUGGGUUCUGAGUCCACAUAUCAUAAUGUUAAGCUGGGAGGUUCUCAGCCCCCACCCCAUUCCACCCCACCCCACCCCACCCCUGAAAUAUGCCGAGACUGCAGGGAGAGACAGCUCAACUCAUUAUUAAAUGAAGUAUAGAUGCUUCCACUUCUGUGUCAGAGAAACCUGACACAGGACAAGUGAUGUCACAGCAGAUGUCACUGUGAAUUCUUUCAAAGUGUCAAUUUUUUUACACUGGUUUUCAUUCUUUUUUUUUUUUUUUUAAAUAGAUGAAAGCAUAUGGCUUUGCAGUUUAGUGUUUUUUUCUAUCGUGACAAUAAAGUUCACUUUAUACCUCGUGACAGUCAAGUCGGCAGAAAAAAAAAAAAAAGCUGUCCUUUAAGACAUCCCAGCUGAUAUAUCACAAUAGUCUACAUCACCACUCCCUUCUCUCUUUCUCUCUCUCUUUCUAGUUAGAUCAAGAUAACGGUGGCUUGUGUCAUCCGCGAUUCUCUUACAGUAGGGACUGGGCUCAGAAUGUGACUUGCUUAGGUCGAUCUGUGCUUGCAGAGCAGGUCUUGUUCGUAUAUGCUGUGUGCUAUGAAUGAAGUUCCUUUAAGGACAAAGGGAAGUGCACCGUGCUUCAUUUGAGCAUAUCUGCCUUGGCUUAGAGUCUGCUCAUUCUAAAAUGUGCUCCUUCACCCAUCCCAGAGGCUCACAUUGGACAUGAACUACUUUUAUCACGUUUCGGUGAGAAAAGCACCCCAGCAUUUCUCUAGGAGUUCCCAGUUAAACCUGUACAGGGCUUUAAAAUUUAAAUCCAAUUUAAGCGAAGGGGAAAGGACACAGGGGAAGAAGCCCCUUUAAAACUCACUUAGAAUAAACAUUAUUUGUCUUUUUCAUAUAAACUCGGCAUUUGUUGAUUUUGUUUGGGUGUGGGAGUGGGUGCACAGAGAUCUCGCCUUUUUAUCAUCAAGUGGUUUAUUUCCUUUGACGGGAUUCAGGUGAAGGAACCCCAGCUGUGCUGGAGAGCUGUGUAUACCUUUAACUAGCCUCCAUCCCAGUUGUAAUAACAGUGAUAAUGCUGGGUUACUGGUUUAGCUACGGUUGUCUGCCUUGUAGUCAUCAUGCUGCUCAUUCCUGCUUUCCAGGCUGUUCAUACUCAGUGUGACAUAAGAUCUUCGCUCUCAAAUGCAUGCCUCGUAAUCUGCCUUAGGUUCUGCCUUGAUUUUGUCUAUUUUAAAAUACGUACAACAAAAAUGUUCAUUCUGAUUUUCAGUCAGUACAACAUAGAGGUUGUCAUUGAUUUUUUUUUUCUCAUUCCCUCUUUUUUUUUUUUUUUACUUGUAAAGGUCUUUUUGCAUAUGAAUGUAAUCACAUUGAUGACAUUGUUGCUGUAAAAUUGCAUUGCAUUUUACUCUAGGGAGUAAAGAAAAGCCCUACUGUGUUUUAAAAGAACAUCAGCUCUUUAGCCCAGUCCUGGAGUGGACACACUUGCUGCAUGCUCUCUUACUUUCUCAGUUUUAUGUAUUGUGUUGGGUUAUCGUUCUAAACUGGACUGUUAAAUGCCGUCUGUGAGGCUGGACUGUCACUUUUAUAACUGUCUUCAUAUUUUAUCGCCAUUAUUUAUUACUUUUGAUAUACAGAAUGAGCCGCAUGCAUUUACAGAGCAAUAAGAAGAUGUAUUUAAUGUGCCUUGUUUUUAACUGAGUAAGAGCUGAAAGCAUGAAUCAAUAAAACCGAUUAAAGCGG